AUGGUUCUCUACAAAGUGAUCUGUGUGGCAGCUCUGCUGACUCUACUGGCAGCAGAGUCUCGCUCACAACCAAAUGUCUACAUACUGGACCCAGCGCCAGAGGACAGGACCACUGACAUCACCUCGGACAGAACAAUGCUAACAGAUGAAUUUCCUCUGUCUUCUCCUACCUUGAGACAGAAGAGAGCGGCCAGUUACUAUAACCCGAUUCCAAACUCCAACUUGAGAUGGGUGUACAGGAGUUCUGGUAGUCGUCUCCCUGCUGGAACUGUGUAUUAUGACAACGGGUUUUCAUGCCGCAGGAAGCAAUACGUGCAAAUACGGGUGAACAAAGACAAUUUUGAGAUUUUUGAGUUCAAGUCCGGUUCCUAUGGUUCAGUGCCUAAGGAUGCAAUCAGGACCUGCCGUAAUGUUAACAUAUUUGUUGGGAAGAACGAGUAUGGUCUUGGGAAGGUGGAUGUCAGAAAUAAGUCCUUCUAUCUUCCCUGGGAGGGUUGGGAGUACAAGUACAGGCAUUACCAUGUCCUGGUCAUGAGCAGGAGAGUUAAGUCAGACCGCAUUUCUGAUGUCAAGUACAACUUUAAAGCAGCUAAAAAGAUUAGUCAUCCUCCAGAGGUCAUGACCAAGGCUUCCAGUAGCAAUUAUCAGUGUAGAACAGUUUCCAAAACAGUUCAUCUCUCAAAGUCGUAUUCAGAAGAGAAAAGGUGGGACAGUACCACUUCCAUCUCAGUUGGUGUCACAGCCAGCUUCACUGGCAAAAUCCCAUUUGUUGGCGAGACAGGUAUUGAGGUCAGUACUGAGGUCACAAAAGAUAUCUCCAAAGGGAGCAGCAUAAGUGUGUCGAAAAAUCUUGCUGUCGAUGUGUCGGUAACUGUCCCACCGAACCACUCCUGCGGUGUCAAAAUUAUGGGACAUAGGUACACAACAAAAAUCCCAUACACAGCACGCCUCACCCGCACGUACAAAAACGGGCAAGUCAAAUCGACGACCACCACUGGGACAUUCAAUGGUGUCAAUGUUGUAGAUUUCAGGUCUGUUGUAGAUCGCUGUGUCCCUCUUCCCAAUGCUCAGCCUUGCAAGUGA